AUGAAGAUGAAAUUCCAAGGUUUUAUUUGGAACGUACUCGUACACGAGAAGCCUCUGGUGGUUGGCAAUGCAAUAGCCAACGAGGGAGACAAGAUGACGGUGGUGCACACGGGUGAUGAUUUCAACCUCGGCCUGGAACUCUCUCUCUCCCUGGCCGCUCCCAGUCUUGAGGCUCUUGAUGGCCACGACACGGUUAUCGGGCAGGAUUCCCUUGUGCACGUAACCAAACCCCCCCUGCCCUAUAAGGUUAGCCUCACAAAACCCGUCUGUGGCCGCUGCAAGCUCCUCAUAGCUUAA